AUGCCCGAUUCAAUGGAGGCUCCGCUCAUGGACGGUCGUCCAGACCGCGACGACGAGCUGGACUAUCGCGAGGACGAAGAGGCGGACGUGCUUCCCGAGUCGUUCAAGAACACUCAGUCGAGACCGAGUCUCUUUGUUUGGCUACUCACGUUUGCUGCCGGCAUCAGCGGCCUGUUGUUUGGAUACGAUACCGGCGUGAUUUCAGCGACGCUUGUUUCCAUCGAUACCUCACUUUCGAAUCGAAUCUUGACAUCAUUCGACAAGUCCAUCAUUACCUCCAGCACUGCCUUGUUUGCCUUGCUCGUCUCCCCCUUUUCGUCCGUGGUCGCUGAUGCGCUUGGCCGCAAGCGCGUGAUACUCGUGGCUGAUAUCCUGUUCAUCGUGGGCGCUUUGUUGCAAGCAUGGAGUGGCACGGUGACAACCAUGGUCUUGGGCCGAUCCAUAGUCGGCGCGGCAGUUGGUGCCGCGAGCUUCGUGGUCCCCUUGUACAUCGCCGAACUUGCCCCUGCCAGCCACCGCGGCCGGCUCGUGACUAUGAAUGUUUUGUUCAUCACACUGGGCCAAGUGGUCGCGUACAUCAUCGGAUGGGCCUUUGCGGUUUAUGGCGACAAGUCGACUGGAUGGCGAUGGAUGGUGGGCCUGGGUGCUCUGCCCGCGGGCCUGCAAUGCGCUAUCCUGGUGUUCAUGCCAGAAUCGCCCAGGUGGCUUGUCAUGGUAGGCAGGUCGCUGAUGGCGAAGAAGGUUGUUGAGAAGGUUCUCGGCUCAACCGUAGGCGGCAUGAGAGCUGCCGAAUCUGUGGUCAAGGAGAUCGAAAUCGAAAUCCGAGACGAGCGAGAGGUCAUGAGACGGGAGGGAACGCCUCGCCUGGAAUGGUGGGGCGGCUGGAAAGAGCUCUUUGCAGUCCCAAGAAACAAACGCGCGCUGGUCAUCACAUGCCUGCUUCAGGGCCUCCAACAGCUGUGCGGCUUCAACUCGCUCAUGUACUUCUCAGCUACCAUCUUCACGAUGGUUGGCUUUGGAACACCAACGCUUACAUCCCUCAGCGUCGCCGUCACCAACUUCUUGUUCACGGUUGCGGCGCUGUGUCUUAUCGAUCGCAUCGGCAGGCGCAAGAUUCUGCUCUACUCCCUGCCAUUCAUGAUUGCCGGUCUGAUGCUAUCGGCAUACGGCUUCUCGUUCGUUGACCUCCGGACCGAGACGGUAGCAGUCACCGAAGCCGGCUCGGCGGCUGGAGCGGGCGGAGACCGCGGAGCCGCGGUGCUGAUUCUAAUCAGCAUCAUGGUGUACGUCGCGUCGUACGCGCUCGGACUGGGCAACGUGCCGUGGAUGCAGAGUGAGCUGUUCCCGCUGGCCGUGAGAUCCAUCGGCAGCGGCGUGUCGACAGCGACGAACUGGGGCGCCAACUUUAUCGUUGGGCUGACCUUCUUGCCACUGAUGGACGCGCUGAGUCCGUCAUGGACGUUUGUGCUGUACGCCCUGGUGUGCAUGGUGGGAUACGGGCUGAUCUGGCGGAUCUAUCCCGAGACAUCGGGACUGAGCCUGGAAGAGGCGACGAAUCUGCUCGAGAACGGCUGGGGGGUCCGACGAUAG